AUGAACAGGCAGCAGGCGCAGACCCAGGGAGUGGUUUUGACGGGAUACCAUAGCAACGCGGAGCUGCUGCCCAAAAGCGAGACCCCCAGCGAGCUCAGCCGCAGAACGGGUCACUACUCAGUGCAGCAAAACCACAGCGACCGGCAUGAGCAGAGUCAACACCCACAAUGCACCGUUGCCACAGAGCUGCCUUCGUGCAAACCUGAGCCAUCCUCGUUACAUCUUCCCAAAUUGUCCAGCCCCAGACUACAACACCCACAAUGCAACGGGCCUGAGCAGAGCGGACUACAGCACCACCAACAAUGCACCAGGGUAGCUCACUCCAGCCCUAACUCCAGACUCAGACGGCGGCCGGCCUGUCUGCGCUCCAACUCACAGGACUCUCUGGAUGAACUGGAGAUGGAUGAUUACUGGAAGGAGGUGGAGCACAUCAGCCGCUCAGCAGAAGGAGAGAGGAGGGCGGAGGGGGACGUGGUGCAAGAGGAGGAGACCAGCAAGACACCGGAGGAGGGAGAGCAGGAGGAGGCGUGGCUUGUAGAGGCUGGACUUGCUCGAUUGUUUGACGACUCGGACCCCAAUGACCAAGAGCAGGAUGAAGACAGUUCUGCAUUCCUCUCCACGCUCACACGUUCUCAGGCUGCUGCCAUCGAGCGCCGCCUCACGUCUCUGCAGCAAACUCUGAGGAGGAAGAACCGGCAGCAUGUUCCUGACGUUAGGGACAUAUUCAGGCCCCCGGAGGAACAACAGGUGCCGGUAAAGACGAGUGAAGUGAACGGAAGCAGCGAUAAAGACGUCUCCUCUCCCUCCGAGUUGGACACGGAGCUGAACGUGGAAGUGGCCUUUUCUGAACAGGCUCUGAACUACAGAGAAAACCAUCAGGGCCUGAAGAAGAGCAGCAGCAUCAGUUCAGACGACAAGCUCCCAAAUUUCAAGUUGCUGCGGGAUAAAACAGGACAGACCAGAAUUGGAGACCUGUCGUCACUGGAUAUGAAAAAGGUGCAGCGUCUGGUGCUGGUGGAGAUGACAGCUCUGUUCGAUACAGCGGGUAUCGACAUCAAAGCUCAGAAGGCUGUGAAGAUCCGGAGCAGAGGUGAUGCAGAAAGUGGCCUGUUUGGAAUUCCUCUAACCAACCUCCUGGAUCAGGACCAGAAGAGGAUCCCAGGAACCAAAGUGCCAAUCAUUCUGCAGAGACUCAUCAGUCACAUCGAGGAGGAGGGUCUGGACACAGAGGGACUGCUGAGGAUCCCAGGGGCUGCCACCAGGGUCAAGGCCCUCUGUCUGGAGCUGGAGGCCUCUUUCUACGAUGGCCUGUUUGGCUGGUCUGAGGUGAAGCAGCACGACGCAGCCAGUCUGUUAAAGCGGUGGAUCCGAGAACUCCCUCAUCCUCUGCUGAGCGUCGAGCUCCUCAACGCUUUCAUCGCUGUCAACAAGUUGCCCACGAAAAAGCAGCAGCUGCAGGCGCUGAACCUCCUGGUGCUGCUGCUGCCGGAGCCCAACCGAGACACACUCAAGGCUCUGGUGGAGUUUUUCCGUCGAGUCAUUGAGCGUCAGACACACAACCGCAUGACCCUAAACAACGUGUCGGUCGUCAUGGCGCCAAACCUCUUCAUGUACAAGGGCCACCGUGUGAAGGCCACGCAGCAGCAGGAGGUCUCCAUGGCAACAGGCACCGCCAACAUUGUGCGACUGCUCAUCCGGUACCAGGAGCUGCUCUGGACGAUCCCAAAGUUCAUCGUGACGCAGGUGCGACAGCAGAACAUGGAGAGUCAGAGGAAACAGAACAAAGAGCGAGCCGUGAGGAAACUGCUCAAGAAAAUCACUACAGACAAACAGCCGGAGAAGAGCGCCCCAGAGGACAGUGUUCAGGGCUUCAUCCGGGUCCAGGCUCCUCAGUUCAGUAAAGUGUCAAUGGCUCUUCAGCUCACGGAGGAUCUGCAGGCGGCCGACGUGCUCUCGCGCUUCCUCAGCCAGGACUGUUCAGUGUUGGUGAAAAAGGACGAGCUCUGUCUCUAUGAAAUUGGAGGAAACAUCAAGGAGCGCUGUCUGGAUGGGGAGACCUACAUGAAGGACCUGUUCCAGCUGAACCCUGCGGCAGAGUGGGUGAUCCGCGUGGUCCAGCGAUGA